AUGAGUAAUAUUCAAUCAUCCAAUGGCAAACCAACAAGUGUAUCUUUUGUGAAUAAUAAUAAUAAUAAUAUUAGUAAUAAUAGAGUGUCACCUCAACCUCAUCAACCAUUAUCUCCACAGCAAUUGAAUCAGCAUCAAAUUCAAAUGUUGAAACAUCAACAGCAACAGUUACAACAUCAACAGCUACAGCAACAACAUCAACAGCUACAACACCAGCAACACCAGCAGCAACAUCAUCAUCAGCAGCAGCAGCAACACCUUCAACAUCAGCAAUCGACAACAACCUAUCCAGCUUCAAAUACAACUAGUUACCCACAGACACCUAAUAACAAAACAUACGAACAACAACAACAACAACAGCAACAACAACACAGAAAUCAUUCAGCCAUUCAACAAAUCAAUCAGAGAAUGAAAAUGGAUUCAGCACCUGGUAGCAAAGCGAGUGAUCCUAUCUUUAUUAAUAAUAAUAACAAUAAUAUAAAUAGUAUAAAUAACAAUCUAAAAAUACAAUUUCCUCCAGGUAGUCCAAACAACAAACAAUUAAAUAAUAGCAUUAGCAAUUCCAAUCAACACAAACAAUCGCCUUCAAUUCCAUCUAUACAAGCAAUUAGUAGUAAUCAUCAUAUAAUCAACCUCAAUAAUAAUAAUCAUAAUCAUAAUAAUAAUAAUAAUAAUCAUGAAAAUGGUCAUUUAAAUAAUAGUAAUAAUAAUAGUAGUAAUAGUAAUAAUAAUAAUAAUAAUAAUUUAAAUAAAAGUGACAAUUCACAUAAUAAACAAAGACACAACCCAUAUUUAUCAUAUUCCGAUGUAAUUAAAAAUCGCACACCACCAAACGAAACCGAAAAAGUGAUUCCACCCGUUUCAUUCGUUCCAAAAAUAUCGAUUUUCGAUAUUAUCAAAUCAAUUUCAAAGACAGACGAAGAUUUAGUGUCUGACUUGAAUAACAACAACAGCAACUUCUCAUCACACAGAAAUCCACUAGCAAACACAAGCAGCAGUAUCACCAACACCACCACAACCACUGCAACCACCAACCCUCUCUCCCAUUCAUACAAUGGUCAUUCAUCCAACUCACUACUUUACAACAGUCUCGAUAUUUCCCGAAGUUUUGCCAACCUCAGAUCAACAAACAAAAACAACACUAAUAGCAACAACAACACUCAGAAUCUAACAAUGGAACACUUUAAACAUUUCGAUCGUCCAACUUUUACCACCAUUCCGAUUCAGACUGAGGUGUACUCCUGUCCGGUAUGGGGAUGCACCCAGAUCUUCCAAAAGUACAAAGACAUUGAGAUUCACUGCCAAUUGAUUCAUCCGAAUCGAUUGCAGGCGACCAACAGACUCGAUAGGCGUGGAGUCGAUAUCGUCGGGUACGACGAGGUGUCUGACAACUCUUUGUUACAUCGUUGUGCUGCCAGCUCCACGCCACUCUUGAUGGUCGGUCUACCCAAGUCGUGGGCGGAAACAUCAGAGUUCUCUGUGAACUAUCUUCAACAGAAACAUCCAAAAGCUAAAACAAUGUGGAACUAUGUCGAUGACUCUGGAAGAAACUACCAAUGGAUUGGAUCGUUCAGCAAGUUUACAGAUAGCACCAAUCGUAGCAUGAGAAACAGCUGUUGUGUCAAAAUGGAAUAUGAAGUACCGACAAGCUGGGAACAAUUACCAUAUUUCAACACCAAUUAUUUAAAUCAUGUUAAAGAAAGUCAAUAUAAUAAAUCUUUCUUAUUUAUUGGUGGAUCUGGAUCGAUUAUUUCAUUACAUAGACAAUUUUUGGAUUAUUCAAUUACAAAUUUACAAGGAAUGAUUAGAGUAAUACUUUUCCCACCAAACAAGAUAAUCGAAAUGGGAGAAUACAAUAAACAUCUUUUGAACAAAGAUAAUAACAAAACAAGAUACAUUUAUUUCGAACCACAGCUUUCUCAAGACGAUUUGGAUUUAAUUUCAAAGUUUAGUGGCAGAGUAGUAUUUUUAAAUAAGGAAGAAACUUUAAUAAUUCCAGCUGGAUGGUAUUUCCAAUCUACAAUUUUAGAAGAUGAAUGUAUUUCAUUACACUAUCAACAUAUAAAUCAAUUCAAUAUCGAGUUCUUUUUACAAAAUGCAUGUAACAAGCAAAGAAAUAUAUUCGGAGAGUUACUGAGUCCGUUGGAUUUUGUAAAGGUUGUGGUUGCCGAUUUUUUGAAGCGUGCGGAUCACGCUAUCAACGGUGGACACCGUAAAGCUAAUCGUGUACAACCCAACACCAAUCCCAACCCUUUGGUGGAGCAAGCCAGCAAGCAAUGGAACAACUAUCAAGGUACCACCAAAGAACAAACACAGUAUCACAAUGCUACAGCAUUGCUAAAGGAAUGCUUCACCCUCAUUUCAGUUUACUACUUGGCCACCGAGAACAAACGGCCAGAAGCAAAAGGAAAGGUUGAACAACUCAUUGAAAGUUUAAAGAAAACAUCCAACGACUUGAACUAUUCACUCAUCUUGAUGUCUAGUUUUUAUGCGAGUUGUAAAAAGUCUUUAGUGAUGAUGGCUUUACCACCAACUAUUUAUUAUUUCUCCUUUAUCUUUAUAAUCAAAUAA